UGAACAAGAAGAGCCUUCUGUGUUUUUCCUCUUAACUUUACUCGUUGUCUCGCUAUCCUCACUUCCGUUUCUCUUCUCAUGCACUGAUUUGUUUAAGCUGAAUCGCCAAUCAGAGUGAUGUCUGUCACCGUCGUGCGCCGCCACCGAUUCAACAUGCUGAAAAACCUCCGCCAUGGGCAGACUAGAGCCGACGGACGCUCAUCGACGGCCCCAAACUGUCCUUGGUGUGUCAGGAACUUUAAAUGUGAUAAUGGUAAACUUUACAGCCUUCUGGUGAACGUGAUAUCUCAGGAACACCUGGAAGGAAUAUCUUCAAAUUUGGCACAAACAUCCACUUGGGCUCGAGGAUGAACUGAUUGGAAUUUGGUGGUCAAAGGUCAAAGGUCAAAGGUCAAGGUCACUGUGAUCUCACAAACAUGUUUUUGUCCAUAAGUCAAGAAUUCAUGGCUGUAAAGUGACACUUGACUGGUCGGCGGAGGCGUACAACCAUGAGGUGGUAGUUCUAGUGUAUGUUCAUUCUUGCUUGCCGGGUUGUAAAUGUUGCACCCUUAAACAGAUGCGACUCCGUCUUCCUUUUGGCAACUUUAUUCUCCACAGUUCUGCAUUGAAGUUAUCUUUACACGAAGUAAUCAGAACAUCAGUAAACCUGCCCGUUCACUCAACGUGACUCAACUCAUCUCUACUGUGCUGACUGAUGACAUCACAUCACUCUGAACUACGACCUCUCGGUAAUAACAUAAAUCAGAUAAUAUAGGUAAUAUUUGCAAAAAUGGAAAUACAAUGAGAUUAGAAUAUAUUUCUUUCAGAGAACUUAAAUCUGUUUCAGGUCAAUAUAAUGUAAAUUCUAAAAUAUUUCUAGGUUGCAACAUAAACAAUCUACAUCCCCUCAAAUUCAAUCAUCCUUGGUUUGGUAGGAGAGUUGAGCUGUGUUCAAGAGCGCUAUAAAGAUCAGAACAUCACAGUCUGAGUCGUGGUUAUUUUCAGUCUUACGUGUGAGGGUUGGAUCUACCUGUGGUCUCUGUUCGCUGCUUCGUUAGUCUGAUUUUGCAGAGAGGUGAAGUGUUGAUGAUUCACUAUGAGAGCGGGUCACAUCUUUGUCAACCACAAGUCUGCUUUUAAUGAACCGAUGCAAAAACCCUCCUGCCAGGUCACAAUCUGGAGUGCCAGGAAAUGUUCUCCGUGACGCUUUCUGUGUUUACAAUAAAUCAUGAGGAGGAUCAGUUUUCUUUUUAUCGCCUUGGUUUUGUAGCAGGAAGCAUUCCACAUGUGAUAGAAGUUCAACACUGUACAAUAAAUUCACCUUCAAACCAAAGCAGACAAGAAAAAAAAAGCUUUGGACAUGGUUGAAGUGUGGAGGCCAGAGGCAGUGAUCACAUCAUAUGUGACCAGAUAUGGAUUUUCAUUUCAAUGCCAGUGGUAAACGGGGUGAAACUGCAGCUAUUCCACUGACUAACCUCACAUCAAUACAGCAGAGGCCCAUUCUAUGCCCCAGAAUCGUUGGAAAAUUGAAUGCUGAAUAGAAGCUUUUCUUACGGCACAGAAUCCGAUGAAAGAGUACGACUGCCUCCAAUCCAAAUUCACAAAACCCUUUGAUGUUUGUUGGAAUAAUUUUAUGCCUACUUCUCAUUUUCCAUUUUAUGCUUUGCUUUUGAAUUUUGAUUGCGACUACAGGCACUUUUCAAUUGAUAUGCAUUAUGAACUCUGUAAUAAUUCAAAGGCCUUUGUUGAGGAACAAACAUGUCAUUUGUCCUCAAAAUGAAUUUUACGACUUAUUGUGUAACCGUGCACCUUUUGGCGAGUUCAGAGAGAGUCGAUGCCAGACGAUUUGUACUUUCAGUUUCAUGCAGCAUGUUUGUGUUUAAUUUCACCGUUGAAAUUAAAUGUCUUGUUUGUUGGUGUUUUUGCAGUGUUCUUGUCUGUUACUGCAUGUACAUUCACGCUUCAGCAGCCAUUGUAUGGCAUGUGUGUGUGUGUGUGUGUGUGUGUGUGUAUUUAUGGAUGCGUGAUUGCCUGCUCAAAUUUGGCGUUUGGUGGCCCGUUCCUUCGAGGGAUGGGCGAAACUUGAGAGGCUGCCUAAAAUACUGUGCAGUAAUUGGAAUUGCUUUAUCUUCAGUCUCAUCAAUUAAUGUGCAAUUUUCCAUUUAAUCACUAACACGCUCACUGCAUUUGCAAUUAAAAUGAGGACUGAUAACAGAGAAGAUGCCUUUCAGCUGAUACCAGUUGGAAUGAGAACAGAAACCAGGAGACGCAAUCAGUACACAAAAUGACUCGCAGAGACAUGCACAUGGCACACAAACAAGUGUGAACACACACAGUGCAAACAGUCAUGCUCAUACAGUGCAGCAACUGAAUACACACACACACACAUGCAUACACACAGCUAACACAAGCACAGUAUGACAUGAUAAAACAUGCAGAUUUGUGGCUAAAACCCCAAAUUACAACUUGUCAGUGAUGAAACUAAACCGGCAUUUAACAUCAAAAUGUUGGCAGCGGCGGUGGAAUCGGAUGCCACUCAAAAAAAACCAGAAGGGUCUCAGCCAGUUGUCUUGUCUGUGACGGGAAAGUCAGAGACAUUGCCAGGGUCUGGGUCUCAGUAGGGGAUGAGCUCAGUGGCGGGGAACAUCUGACAUGUAUUGUCCUGAUUCUGAAGAGAGGGAUGUUUGCAUCUCUUCCUGUUUGGCAGCAGAAACCUGAAAACUACCCAGAGAGAGUGUUUUUAUUUGAGAAUGCGUAUACAGGGCUCAACACACAGAUGUGUGAAACUAUAAGAGAAGGAUACGGCAGAGGUUUUAUAGUGCUGAGUGCUGCGUAAUAUCCCUAUGUAGUGUGUCUGUGUAUGAUAUCAGUGUAUGAUAUUCCUUUAAUAGUAUUUCUAAGAUCCUUGCAUGACAUUCUUGUAAAAACAAUAAAAGAUUAUUGAAGUUCUUUUUCAUCUUUCCAUAACCUCACAACUCAUAUCGCAAAUCCUCAGCUCCAGUGGUCAGGCAGAUUGACUGCACAUCUGUAUUUCCUGAUGCGGUAGCUCUGAAAGAGGAUGUAGCAACCGGUGCAGAGAUUUUGCACGGAUGUUCCAGUUGCAUUUCACUAGAGGAAACGCUUGAUUAUAAUCAAGCGUUUCCCUCCACGUCAAUACCGUUCAGUCCGAGUGCACCAGUCCAUUGCAAUUUGCUGCCUGCCUUUCAUGACCACACAAUGCUCUAUGUGGCAUUAUAGACUUUUGUUUUUCCAAUAAGUCCAGUGGCUCAAGGUAACCAGCAAACAUUCAGACUUUGAAGAUGUGUCAGAGUUUAAAGCACCAAAUUGAACUUUGUAGUGUCCAUAUACAUGUAUUGGUGAGAUCAGGGCUUAUAUUUGAUCAAAAACAAGGUUUAAUAAAGUUUACCCUCACAUUUAUCCAAACACCCUUUCCCCGCCUCAGGUCAAAUAGUUAAUUUACAGCACAUUUUCAUGCAGCGUAUACACAUAGGUUAUAUGUAGCUUCAGGAUGGAGCACCUGCUGUGCUUGCCUAUAGUACGUUGGGGUGAUGGUAGGGGGUCUAUGUGUGUGUGUGUGUGUGUGUGUAACGUACCCCUGAACCAAUUAGCUCACUUCAGUGGGGGUGGCAGCGAUGGUUACAGCGGUGUUCCACAGGGUACAACCCUCAGCCCUGUGGGGUCCCGGCCAAUAGCAAUUAGCCCACCAACAAGAGCCCUAAUUAGCUCUCUUGAUUGGCUUGGUAACAGCGCAACAACAACACCAUGCAGCCAACACAUAGAGACGACCAAGGUGACUCCACCAAGAUCGGCAUUGCUUUAAAGCCAGCUGUACUGCAAUUAGCAAACAAGCAUGGCUGUCUGUAAUUGGUAAACAAGUAGUCGGGUUUGUUUGCGGUGUCAUUAUGAACCUGCUGGUUUGUAAAGUAUUUCUGUAAAGGGCUCCAUGAUUGAGUCUGUGUUGCUUUGUUUUCUUUCUGCUUGGCAGCAUUGUUAGAUCACUCAGUAUUAAUACAUCAUCCCGCCUGACUGUCAGCUCUAUGCAAUCCAUGCAGAGGGAGACUGAGGGGGAGAUAGAGCAAAGAAAUAAAUUAGUAAAUGGAGAAGGAGGGAAAAGAAGUGUGAGAGGGAAGAGUGAGAUGUUGCGUGAGAAUCCCAUCUCCUAUUAUUUAAUCAUAGCAGCACCUGGUGGCUGUAAUAGAAUUCACAAUCACUGCUCGCACUGGAUUUAUGUUUUCUCUUUUUUUUCUGUUUCUUUCCCAGUCUAAAUGUGAAGCUAUCCCAUGAUGCAACAUGUGUCCCCAGCACCUGCAGUGACAAUGAUGGCCACCCAGAGCGUUCCUCCACCAUCGUACCAGGAGAGCCAACAGAUGACGGGCACCACUCAGCAGAACACCAAGACCCCGCAGGUCCAUAUCCCAGCAGCCUCUGCAGCAGGAAAUACCUCUGUCAGUGUGACCCUUGACCCCCAGGCCCAGCUUGAAUCUGACAAGAGGGCUGUUUACAGACAUCCAUUGUUCCCCCUGCUGGCGUUAUUGUUUGAGAAAUGUGAGCAGGCCACGCAGGGAUCUGAAUGCAUCACGUCGGCCAGCUUUGAUGUGGACAUUGAGAACUUUGUGCACCAGCAGGAGCGAGAACACAAGCCCUUCUUCAGUGAAGAUCCAGAGCUGGACAACUUGAUGGUAAAGGCCAUCCAGGUGUUGCGAAUCCACCUUUUAGAGUUAGAGAAGGUCAAUGAGCUCUGUAAAGAUUUCUGCAACCGUUACAUCACCUGCCUCAAGACCAAGAUGCACAGCGACAACCUCCUCCGUAACGACCUCGGAGGACCCUAUUCUCCGUCACACACCAGUCUCAACAUGCAGCAGGAAUUAAUUCAGACCUCCUCUCCAUCCAUGACCUCUGUCUCCAGCUCUGUUAACCCUUCAGGGAUAUUGGUGCCCGCCGGGGGUCUGCAACAGGGCAAUGUCGCCAUGACUACCAUCAACUCUCAAGUGGUAUCGGGUGGGACCCUGUACCAGCCGGUUGCCAUGGUGACAUCGCAAGGGCAAGUGUUAACGCAGGGGCUGCCGCCGGGAACCAUCCAGAUCCAGAACUCACAGGUAAACAUGGACCUGUCAGCCCUGUUGGACAGUGAAGACAAGAAGUCCAAGAAUAAGAGGGGGGUCCUGCCCAAACACGCCACCAACAUCAUGCGCUCCUGGCUCUUUCAGCAUCUCAUGCACCCGUACCCAACAGAAGACGAGAAAAGGCAGAUCGCAGGACAAACAAAUCUAACGCUUUUGCAAGUGAACAACUGGUUCAUCAACGCCCGUCGGCGUAUCCUCCAGCCCAUGUUGGAUGCCAGUAACCCAGACCCGGCUCCUAAAGCCAAGAAGAUGAAGUCCCAGCACCGUCCCACACAGCGCUUCUGGCCCGACUCCAUCGUGGCUGGAGUUCUGCAGUCGCACAGAUCAGGAAACAACUCAGACAACCCGCUGAGUAUGGACAGCCUCCAGUCGCUGUCCUCAGACUCAGCCACCCUGGCCAUGCAGCAAGCCAUGCUGGGCGCCGACGACUCCAUGGACGGCACCGAGGAGGAGGACGAAGAGGAAGAGGAGGAGGAAGAGGAGGAAGGAAUGGAGGAGGAAGAAGAGGAGGAGGACGGAGAGGAGGAAAACGACAGGGGGAGGCUAAUGUCCAGCGGAGGAGGAGCGAGGAGAGAUCUGCGCAUGGAGCACAGAGAGGAGCUAGAGUAGUCGACUAGAGGGAAAGACUUUAUGAACUUUGACCUCAGUUGUCCCCUUAAUACGGCCUCUUUCAAACUCAACUAGGACGGCUCUAAUGCUAAGUGACUCUUGAGGACAUGUUAGGUUUUUUCUCCAGACUCUUAUGCAGAGCCACCGAGGAGACUAGUCAGACUCAAUGGCCAUCAUGAUUAUGAUUACAGAGGACGGAUAUGAGUUUAAUGAUGAAUAUGUGUUGUUUCAUUUUACUAUUGUAUGUUCUCAUGCAGUUGAGCUCUUGAAAUAUUUGGAUAGUAGCAAUUUUUUUUUUUUUUACUCUAUAGCUCCUGUUAUUUAUGGACAGUAAUGGCACAGGAACUAAAAGGUUGAAAAGAUUACUGCCAGUUUUAAAUUGAGACAUUUUCAACAGCUUACGGUAACAGUUAAAGAGGCUCGGUGCUCUCUGAGAGCCGUGACAUUUCGAGGCUGUUUUAAAUUCAGGUUACAGUGAACUGAAAAAAAAGGAACAGUAGAAUAAGGAGUCUUGAGUAGGUGCACAUGCAUAAAAAAAACACACAAAAAAAACGACUGUAUGUGAAAAACUUAAAACUUUAACUGGCUGAAAGAACUCUCAAUUUUCAACUGACAGUCUACACGUUAACGGUAUAAUAUGUAUCAUAGGUUAUAUAUGAGAGAGAGAGAGAGAGAGCAGCGAUGGUGGAGCGAGCUAUAGAGUGACUGAAGAGAGGGAGCGGAGUUAGUGAGAACAAAGCAGUGAAUCAGAGGAAUAAAACGUUAUCUUCUGAUUGUCUUCACAGCGGUUACGUUCUAAAGCACAAAUAAACACAACUCACAACUCCACACAUCCCUGCCGGAAGGUGAAUGCAGCCAAAGGGCAGCUCCAUCCUGUCCUCUCUGCUUCGGUGUGUGGGGCUCGGCGCUGCUCUCGGUCAAAUCGUCGCACCGAUAGCAGCGCUUUGCACACAGCAGAGGAGAGACGGAGGAGCAGGGGGGAGCACAUGCACAAAAAAACACACAUCCAUCAAACAUGGCUCUUUGUCUGUGACAGAGCUAAAGGGGGACUUGUGCCCAUGGAUGUACAGUAUCAUGCUUGUGCCUCGGUAUCAGACACCGAUUGGCAUGACAAGGCGCCGCUAUUUGACGACCUGAACAGGCUGCACACCCUGCAUGCUGUUAUUGGCUGUUUGCAGACGCCCAGAAGAGUAAAGCAACAUAAGAAGGAGAGAUGAAAUCCAGGCAGAGGGCUGACACACUGCUAGUGAGUCAUGGUGAUGAUUGGGAAGGAUUAUUUUUGUACGACAUUGUUUUUUUUUAGAUAAUUCCUGCAUAAUAUACCUUUAACUGUGCAGUUCAUGUGUCAUUUUGCUUCCUAAAAUAAGAGUGAAGAGCUAAAGGAAAGAGAGAGAGAUUUAAAAAAAAAAAAAAAAGUUGUUAUGCUGUCCAAAUAUCUGCAGAAGUGACUGUAUGUGUCGGCUUCCACUGCUAGGACGUCAUUCACACCUUUUAAAUGACUCAUAGGUUCUCAGGUCGAACAACACUCUCAUCCGGUGCGUUUCUUCCUCACGAGCAAAAACCCCUGGACUCAUUGCCGCGGCGGCAAAACCUUUUAGAGCAUGACUUUUUAAACAAUCAUUUUGUUUCUCCUCCCAUGAGCAAAAAUAAAAACAAAAAAAUGGUAGUAAACCAGUGUAUACUGACUGCACAUAUAGUAUGUAUAUCGGAUUUCUCAUAUGUUUGCAUUCUGGUGUUUAAGGUUUUCAUAUUUAUUCUUUUGUGUGUGUGUGGCCUCAGAGGGAAUCUCAGUGAACAACAUGCCAGUUGCUUCUACAUAUACUGUAGGAAUAAGGCUAUUGUAUCAGCUGGCGGGCCAUGCACAUACUUGACUUCAGCCAUCAAGUCAGGCUUAGAAAAUCGCUUGUGUAUUUUUGUGACCUUGGGUGAUUCUGUCACAAAAUAAGAGCAUGGCGAGCACCGACAGUCACUAGGAACUGUCUCACCCACAUCUCAACAUGGAGGGAGAUCACACAGAGACGGUCAAUGACUUUGGAAUCCCCCGACUGACAGAGCCGCCGUCUUUUACUGACAAACUUUUUCAAGGAUACAAAGAAGACAAUUUUGAGGGGAACGAGAAGAGAGAGAAAGAAAAGUCAGAAGUAACGUCUCUUUCAAUUUUAUGUGAAGGAUUUUGAAGAAACUGUGAAACAAUUUUAGCUCUCUGUUUUGUACUAAAACACACAAAUGGAGUCGCUGGUUUCUAAUGUGAAGACAGAAAAUGAAAAAAAACACGUUAUAUUGAAUGUUCUGAUUGUUCAUUGUGAAGUAUGUUGCUCAUUAAUAUUCUUUUCUCGAUUGCUUUUUUUUUUUUUUUAAAUGGAUCUUCCAGAGCAAGUGACAGACAAUAGGGAAUAUUUCUAUUCAUUUGUACACUUGGUUGUCAUAAUCUAUUGUGUUUCAAUAGACCAAUUUUAAUAAUUAAAACAUGUAAAGGUACUGA